AGUUCGUUUUCAUUCAAUGUGCUUACAACUGGUGAAUUUUCCAAUGGAUUCAGCUCAAUUGAUUGUCAUCGUGCAAGAAUAUGAAGAAUUGUACAAUUUGAGACACCCUGACUAUUCUAACCAGCAACGAAGGGACAACAUUUGGGAAGAGAUUGGAAGGAGAAUGAACCACCUCGGUGCAAUCUGCAAAUCCAAAUGGACCAGAAUCAGGGACAACCAUCGCAAAGCAUUGAAUCUGCUCAACACGAAAAGUGGGCAGGCAGUUUCAAAAAUGAAGCCACCCAAAUUUCAUAAAGAGCUUCAGUUCCUCACUCCAUACCUACAUGACGACGAAGAUCGAAUGACCAACCUCACGCCUUCAAUUCCAUACGCAAGCAGUAAUUUGGAGGAAGAAGAGGACGAAACUCAAUCAGAACACCCCCUUACGACAUUUCAAAUUCCCCCAUGUUCUCCAGCAACAAGUGACACACAACGUUCAUCAUUCGCAAACACACAUUCAAACACAUAUGGUCGUCGGAAGCGAAUUUCACGGAACUCCACGCCACAACCGACUGCAGCAUCAGUACUGGACAAAUAUCUCAAGUCUAAGGAAAUGAAAUCCACAACAAACCCACCGACUGACCCGUUAAUCGAGUUUUUCAUUAAUAUGGCUCGGACUGUGAAAACCUUUCCACUUCAGGACCAAAUUCACAUUAAGGGACAACUAUUUCAGAUGGUAAACAGCGUGGAAAUGCGACUGGCACAAGAAAUGGAUUCGUCGAACUCGGUCAUUUCUUCGGCGACCCACAGUCCUGCCCAACACCAACAAGUCUUGAACCCAUCGCUUGAUAUUGAGACAACUGAUGAUGCUAUAAUAGACAGUUUGCUGAAAUAUCCGCGUUAAAUACUGUUGCUGUUUUUCAACUUAUUGUCAUUGCUGAAAGUUCCCAUUAAAUAAUGCUACUUUUUCAACUUGUUGUCAUUUACUUUUAUUAAAUCAUUAAGAGUAAAAAUGUCUGAAAUGUAUUAUAAUAUUGGCAGGCCAGGUUCAAACCCGGGUGGGCACGUGGGAUUUUGUGAUGGACAAAA